AUGGCUAACGGCGCCACCAGCUCCGCAACGACCGCGGCAGCGGCGUCCGAGCCCGCUGCUGCUGCUGCCGCUGCUGCUGCUGCUCCGGCACCCUCUUCGGCUGCAGCCCGAGACGCAACGUUGCCCGCACCUGCGGCGAGCCCGCGCAGCGCGUCUGACAACCGGGAGGAUCCCGAGCACGACCCAAAUGACAGCGACGAGCGCGGGCGCGACGGCGCGGCCCCGACAGACCCCGCCGAGCUCGCCGCCGCCAUCAUCAAGCAGGUGGAGUUUUACUUCAGCGAUGCCAACCUGCCCACAGACAAGCACCUGCUCAAGCAGGUCAAGAAGGAUCCCGAGGGCUUUGUGCCCAUCAAGCUCAUCUCAUCCUUCAAGCGCAUCAAGGCCCUCACCCCCGACCCCGACGUCGUCGUCGCCGCGCUGCGUAGCUCGACGCGGCUGGUCGUCGACGAGGCCGGCCGCCGCGUGCGCCGCGCGGCGCCGUUGACCGAGGUUGACCACUCGGCCGUCGCGCGGCGCAUCGUGGUGGCGGAGCACUUGGGGCCGGGCCCGACCAUAGACUCUGUCGCGGCGUCGUUUUCAAAGUACGGCAAGGUGGAGCUGGUGCGCAUCUGCCCCGGCGGCCAGACCCAGAAGCUGCCCGCGUGGCUGGCGUCCGCCGUGGCCGGCAUGGCGUGCGCGGAGGGCGCGUUUGCGCUGGUCGAGUUUGGGACGGAGGAGGAGGCGGCCAGGGCAGUCGAGGGGGCGAGGAACCCAGACAACUG